AUGCAUGUGUCGCCGCGAUCGAUGCCGACAUCUGUUGUACUCGUUUCACACGCGCUUCCAAAUGUCUUGUUUCCGUCGUCUCUCAUCCUCUAUAACCAUGAUUUUAUCGCAAUCAAAUCAUUAAUCGGAAGAUUUCGCCUUGUUUAUAGGGGUUUCUUUGACCUUGAUCAGAAAUAUUUUUAACUGAAUCUUUUCGAUGAAGAUUUUGUCGUAGAACUCGGCAAAUUUCUAGUCAAAGCUUGAUGAAUUUUAUAUUAAAAAAAGUCUUUUGAAUGUUUUAACCUAACUAUCGUUGCAUCAUCAUUCAGGGUGUGAUAGAAUUGUAAAAAAACCGAAAAAAUUCAUCUGAAUUUCCUCCAGCUUCUAUGCUCCAUUGAUAAUCAUAAGCGUCAAGUCAAAGUUGAUCGUUUCUGAAUUAUUUUUAUAUUGGACUUUGGUAGCGAAACCCGGACGUUUCUGAGUAAUCCUAAGGAUCACUUAAGAGUUCUGACGCUACUAAAGAGGUCACUAAAAUUGCCCGGUCACGUCCGACCAUCCUGGACAUUGAUAACGCGAAACGGACGCAAAUCGUACGUGCUUCUAUUAACCAUCUAAGUAGCGUUUAGGAAGAUUUCGCAGUAGAGCGCAUAAGUUCAAAUGCAUUUUUUCUCCACUUUGACUUAAUUUUAUUGGAAAAUAGUUUUAUUAUUCCUCGUGGGAGGAGCUAUGCUAUCAGUUCACGUUUUCCGAAGUUUCCGCUCGAACUCUUGAAAAUUAUCCGUGGAGCACAGAAGUUCAAGUUUUUUGAUUUUUGAAAAUUUAAAAUGUUCUAACAUCCUUAAAACUCGCUUUAUUUCACGACUUUAAUGAUAUAAAGCUUUUUUUACCACGUGGAACAGAAAUUUAAUCGAAGAAUUUUUCGAGUUUUUUUGAGUUUUUCCACUGACAUUUUUCUGUAAAUAACUUAUGGAAAAAAAUUUAAGAGUCUUGUUUUAAACGUUUCCUCCAACUUCUCCUCCUAUCCCAGAAAUAUUCUAGCCAUUUUCGACCUUCAAUUCAUCAUCAUCCGCCCUCUCAAACCUUUUUCUUGCAUUUGGAAAAAAAAUCGCGCGAUUCGUCACGUGGGAGAGUUGUUCAGGGAAAAUGAUCAAAUUUAUCUUUUUCACGUUUUUUUUCAAAAACAAUAUUUCUUUCACCACUUAAAUUUUUUUCAGUUGGUUUUUCUGGUUUCCGAGCGAAAAAUCGCUCAGUUGACGGCGUUGCCCGAGUGGUUGAGCCAGCUGGGAAUUCGCGACGAAAAUCUCGAAAAUAUGGUUGGUUUCUGUAAUUUUACUUGUGGGCUCAACCAAGGCAGUUUUUGUUGGAUUUCCGACCUUUUUGAUGCUUCAAAGUGCAAAAGUUAUCUCUGACUCUCCAAAAUCUAAUUAUCUUUUCCACUCUAAGAUGGCUUCUCUGAAUUUCGCGCAGUUCCUAAAUGGUUUAGUUCGAAAUUUCAAGUUUCUAAAGAAUUUAGGUUGGAAGGAAAUGGUUUGAAGUCAUUAGAGGCACCAUUUUUCGAGCCAUUUUGAGUUUUUAAGCGUAAAUUCAGAACAUUUUUCGUUGUUAGAGUUUUUUAAUGGAAAGGAAUACCUUUUAAAAAAAUAGAAAGCAGGGCAUUUUCUUCCUUUCAAAGCCUUUUUAUUAGGUCGUUUACUUAGUUUUUUUCUUUUUUUCGGUUAACAAUUUUUUUGAAAAGAGGCCCUCAAAAAAAGAAAGAAACUUAGUAAACAACCUAAUAUUUUAUAGGAUUUUCCGGUUUCCAAAGUUUUUUUCAAUUUGAAUAGAACACGUUGCGAAAUUAAUGUUAAAACAAUUUCCUCAAUUUUUUUGAUUGAAAGCUCAAGUUGUGGACUUCUGAGAUUCUUUACGAGAAAGAAAGAUGUUAUGAUAAACCAUUUUAUUUUAUUUUGGUGCUAGUUUCACAGAAAUUUCCGAUUUUCUCAUGGGAAAAAGUUUCAAGAUAAAAAAAUCUAUUUUUUUCAAUUUCAGGGUUUGAUUUUUGGCGCAUUUUUUUAGUCUUUUUCUUUUUUUAUUCAUUUCGUAUGAAAAGAAAUUUAUCACAGAAGUCGAAAAAAAUAAGCAUUUUUUUCUAAAUUUCUGAGCGGUUCAGCUUCCUUUUGGGGGUCUUUUUUUGUUACUAAUUAUUUUUAAAUUAAAAAAUGUAUGUCCGAAAAAAAUAAUGAGGCCUUAUAUAGAUUUUGAAAGCAGUAUACAUCAGUUUUUCAAAGCAAUUCAUAAUAAUCAUCGAGAAUCAAAAAAAAAAGUUCAUAUUCUUGUCUAUUUUCCAAUGUUGAAAUGCUGUAAAGCAUCCAUUAACAAAGGGAAAAUCCCACACCCACAAUUUAUUUUUGCUCUGACGAACGGGGAGGAUAAUCUUGGCCCAUUUUUACGGAUGAAUUUGCCUCCUUCUCCUCGAAAGAUUCCUUUUUUCUUCGUAUUUUUUUUCGAACGAUGCUUUCCUUUUAUCAGCCCGCCAAACACCCCCGACGCCAUUUCGUUGGUUUUCUUGAUUUAUCGCGAAGUUUUUCAGCUUUCCGUUGAUAAUGGAUCACUUGAAGCUAAAAAAAGAUAAUUUUUAGGUAGUUUGAAAGCUCUAAGAAGGUAGAAAAAAGCAAAUCAGCCUUAGGAACUCCAGAGCGAUCUCUCUAGGGACAACCUUCAGGGUCCUUAAAUGUUUCCCUCUAAGAAACAAUAAACCUUAUGAAAGUGGCUCCUAUAGCGGAUGUUUCCUCUUACCCCUAUAGGGACCACUCUGGCGUUCUUAAGAAAGUUUAUAACCAUGUCAUUCGAAUUCAGAGGCUCUUCAUUUAUCCAAAAAUUUGGGCAUUUCGUACUAUUUUCUGCUUGAAGGAGGAGAACUUCAGAACAAAGUUUCAAGCUUUAAAAUCAGGAUCAAAACUUUUCAGGCGUUCAAGAGUGUAACUAUGAAAAAAUUGACCAUUUAGGCGACUUCGAAGUCGAAAGGACGCGACGCGACAUCGCCGUCGGAGCCGAGACAAGCCGAGGAUUAUGACGACGACACUUUGUCGUACCGGUCGAUCGUUCUGGAGGAAUGCUCUCCACAGGCUUCCCACGACCUCGACGCUCUUGAUGUUCGUCUUCUUUUUUGGAUCAGGAGGGAGAAAACUUCUCUCAAAGCCGUUCACGUUGCGUGAAUUUUUACGCGGUUUCUCGGAAAGAUUCUAGAAAAUUUUUCUGAACCUCUUCAAACCCCUUUUGAGCGAGCUUCUUUCUCUGCAAAAAGAACGUACACCAAACUUCGUUUCAAUACCUUUUUGCGGCUUGAUGAAGCAAGUUAAAUAAAAGCUGUUUACGGUAGCUUCACUUUUGCUGUGCUUUUAAAACGGGAAGUCCUCGAUUUUUUUUUCUGAAUCUGUCAUGCUGCUCGUAACGAUUAUAUAGCUGAUUCAAGGCUGGCUUGAGCCAUCGAAAAAAGGUCCUGACACGAUCAGAAAAGAGAGUGCUUUGUUGGUGGAGAGCGCAGACAGGCUAUGCUUUUGAGCCAUAUGCUAGGCAUAAAUGGGCUAUAAACAUUUUUUACGGAUUCUUCAUGUCAAGCAGUAAGCUCCGCCCCCAUGGCUACUGUAUCUUUCGCGUCGGAAUCAUACCAGACCUGACUGCAUUUUUUGAUUUUCUCAAGAUUUUAGGUCAGAAUAAGAUUUAAAAAAAUGUAGAGCUAUCAGAAAAAUCAUCGUCGUACGAUUAUAUUAAUAUAUUUUAUUCUUAUAUUUUCGAAAUUUGAAUUUUUUUCAGAACUGGGACUUCACCAAUUCCUUUCUGGCCGACAUCGAUUCGGGACAUUCUUGGAAUGACACGAUCCAACGGCAACACUUCGGGCCGUUGUCCGAUUUGCUGACGUCUGGCGGAGAGUCCAAAGCCAAAACUCACUCUUUUCAGUGCGUUUUAUUUUUUUUAUAAAAAUGAAAAGUGAAGGAAAAACGGCUGAUUCCGCGUCAGCUUGUCACGAUUUUCAUUUUUCUUGGAGCUUCAGAACCUUUUUUUUGAAGUUUCCUUUCGAUACUUGUGACCUGCCUGUGUACAUGCGCCUCUAAUAUAAAAAAACUUGAAGCCAAAUAAAAAGGGGCAUGCAAAGAGGUCGGCCGCGGGCGUCAAGGGGGAGCUUCUCGGAAGGGUUGGACGAAAAAAAUUGCGACAAGUUGGUGUGGAAUGAACUAUAAACUUUCACACGAUUUUUUUAGAAAUAAAAAAAUUUUUAAUUUUUUUCACUUUUCCUAUAAAUAUUUUAGGCCCGUAAAUCUGUUGCAUCCGACUUGGUGCGACAAGUGUGGGGACUUCAUCUGGGGGAUUUUGAAGCAGGCGAUCAAGUGUCAAAGUUUGUAUUUAUCAUAAUUUUUUAAUCGUUUUUUUCCAUUUGAAGAUUGCAACUACACCUGCCACGAGCGGUGUCGAGAAUUGGUGACGCUGGACUGCAGAUCGGCCGGAUCUUCAUUGGCGUCUGGAGAAUUCGCCUCUUUGUAUCCGCCAUUGCCUGAUGGAACAUUAGGUCUUUUUUUAAUUUUUUUCAGUGAAUAUAAUAAUUAUUUUUCAUUAAUAAUAAGUCAUUUAUUUUUGUUGUAUGAGUCAGAUAUAAUCGACUGGGAGGUGAAAAAAAAAGUUUUUGAAGCUAUAAAUGACGAUAGCGCGUAAUCCAUCCAGUUGCGCCUUGAAAAGGUCAGUAUGUACACUAAGAAUAACUGACGAGAUAAACGCGAGCUCGGUGGCGGUACAUUGACUUACUCGCAAAAAUGUCGCUUUUUUCUAGGCGCGAUCCCGCAUUUCUCUCGGCGCGACCUCGCAUUUUUCUCGGCGCCAUCUCGCAUUUAUCUUGCAUUUCGGAAAUUUUCAAAUUGCGAGAGAAAUGCGAGCUCGCGCCUAGAAAAGUGCGAGCUGGCGCCCAGAAAAAUGCGAGACCGGCGCGAGAAAAAAAGCGAGAUGUUUGCGAGCUCGUCAAUGUACCGCCAGUGUCUCGCGUUUAUCUCGGCAGUUAUUCUUAGUGUAGUGAGGGUUGUAGCUGGAGCCCUGAAAGCGUUCUCUAGGAGGAAGCCUCAGAAUGAGAGCGACCUCUUCGAGUGAAGACUUUACACAGAAUUUAGUUAGCCUUAUUUGUAUUCGAAAGAAAAACAUUUUUAGUGCUUUUCAUUAGUUUUCUCUGCUUUUUAAAUUUUGAUUUCGUACAAAAACUAUUCCUAUGUUCCUCCUUUAGCUUCAUACGAAAGCAUUCCGAUUUUGACAGCUCACGAUUCUUUGUGAGCUGUCGAAAAAUUUUAUAGUUCAAUCUAGAGCUACACUCUAUAACGCAAAGCGAUUUUCAGGCACGAUACCAAAAGGUUUGAUCCUCCCGAACUCGCCAAGUCGAAGCAAUACCGAUUCGGACAAGGAAAACGGCAGCGUACCGCCUCCAGUUCAUCAUGCUGAAGUAAGAAUUUUGUAGAAAUAGAAAAAGUGUUUUAAAAAAAAUACGGAUUUCGUGAUAUUGAGAAGAAACUUGAAAUUCUGUUCUUCCUUCUCAAAACGUCCUUUCUUGAGGUUUUCCUUGAAGAAUGUUGGAAAAAUUUCUGAUUUGCUUAAUUUUCAUUGAUUCUGCACUAAUUCCAGACUUCUUCGAAAUGAAAAAAGGCUUUUGAACUUUUGAAUUUUGAUUUUUCUUGACUUUUCCUUAAUUUUUACGGUCCAUGUUACCAGUUAUUUGCGUUCCCAACCUUUUUUCGAGGAUUUAAAAUAGAUAGUUUUAGAAUUUAAAGGCGCAUGGACAGCUUUAUAAACAAUACUCUAACACUUUUUUUGAACGAAUAUUCGCGACUUGAAAAUUUUCGAAUGUAUAAACUAUGGCGUUUUCAUCGGACAAAACGAAAAUUGCUUCGAAACGCAAAAAAGUUGCUACAAAACAAAAAUUAGUGCUGCUUUGGAGCAACUUUGGCACGCCGAUGAACACGAUUUUUCGUUUUGAAGCAUGUUCCGUUUCAGCGAUGAACACGCCACUAAAGUUUCACGAAAAUGCCAUCCCAAUAUUUUUUUAAAAAGUACCUUCUCCACUUCAGAACCCACUAUUCUCACCGACGAAGCAGUUCAACUCCUUCACACUACCCAAGUCUUUCGCCCCGCUAGAUAGUCCCAACGAUGAUCAUGUACCUAAAUUCGUGCAGGCGCCCUCUGGAACGGUACAUUUCCGAUACUAUUCAUUUCAUACUGAAAAAAUGGAUUUUCAGACGCUCCGAGUUGUGGAGCGAUACGUCAAGGAGGACACUCCAUUUGAAUGGACCCCGGAAUAUAAAGUCCAAGAUUUGGUCAGCACAAUCGACGCCUACAAUGCCAAUGCCAGAGGCUUCGAGAUCACUUUGGUGAGUUUUGAGUGAAAAAUGAGGAUAAUUGCGUUUUUUUGACGCGUCCAUAUUUUUCCGUAAAGUCUAGUGUGUCGUGUGCAUGCACUGCGGCGCUCUCCCACAUACCGUGUUUGAAGUAAUUCUUGUGAAAUUCAAAAUCAUCUCUGAACUUCCGAAAUUCAGUUAUGUUUUUUUCACUUUCUGGCGGCUCUUUUUGAAUUUCGCGGAAUCACUUCGAGCACGGAAAAAAAUUUUUUUAAAAAAACGUUUUUAGAAGAGAAGUCGUCUCAUGACUAUGAAAGUUAUGUAUCAAUUUGACAAGCCAAAUAAAUAUUUUGGUAUUAUUUUUAUAUUAUAGAUUAGAAAAAAAUUUUUUUUCAGCCAAAAAAAGAGUUUUCAAAAAGAGUGAGUCAUAAGAAAUUUCUUGAUUUUGUGAUAAAUUGACCUAUUUUUUCAUGAAAAUUUAACAGAGUCAAUGAUCUUAUGUCCCCUGAAUGCCUAAUGUGUUCCUUAAAAUAUCAAAAUUUAACAGAAACUUUCAGUUUUGCUCCUGCUUUCGUACGCAAUAGUUAAGAUGAAACAAAGUUCUAAGAAGAGCUUCUUUUCUGACGAUUUUUUCAAGAAAGAUACGUUUUCAAAAGCCUAUCAGGCGGGUGAAUAAGCAUUUGUUAAAUUGACAAAAAUAUUGUUCGAAUAGUUUUUGAAAAUUUUCAACAUUCUAUGAAGCUCUCAAUAUUUUAAUUUUCCAGCUGGAAGACGGCGAAACGUACCACGGCCAUCUGCAAAUCCACAUGAACUUUGCCCGACCCAUAAGCGUUGUACAGGGCGAGAAGCCUCCGACAGUCUACGACGUCGUCAACACCGGUAGGUCUACUUUUCCACGCGGUCCGAAGUUAGCUCCGGUCUCCAUGCGCCAGACUCGCGCCCGGUUUACGCGCUAA